CUGACUCACGGCGAUUGGGUGAGCGUGGAGCUGAACUGUGUUGUACAGUGAAAAAAAAAAGAGACAAGUCGCCGAUAACAAAAAAAAAAACACUCGCUGCGGCCGCAUGAGGCCAACUAAAGGAACACUCGCACUUUCCGGACUUACAUUAUAAAGAUUUCGGAUGUCACGAUGGCUGCGAAAUUCACUAUUUCAGACAGUGAGUCCGGGUCAGAAGAGGAGGUAAAAGAGGAAGAGAACGACCGAUCGUCAGGUGUGGAAGAGCCGCAUGUUCCCCACCGACACAGCUUAACCCUACCAGAGCUCAGACUGACAGGGACUGGUCGGAUCAGAUUGAACUCAGAGUCCCACGCUUACACCGUCUCCAGAGACGAAGAGCUCCAGGCCAGGGGGGAAGAAGAGGCUGGCACCCCCACGGAAGGAGCUCCAUUCAGGGGACGAUCAAAAUCGGCCCCGCCCGCCUUGUGGGCAGCUAAAAAAUACGGCCGGCAGCUCCGGAGGAUGAGCGACGAGUUUGACAUCCUGCUUGACAAAGGGGAGAUGAAAAAAGUAAGAAGCCCUGGGCCAGCCAAACAGAUGCACCACUCCAAGAGUUGGUGGAGCUACCUCUUCAGCCACCAGGAGACAGAGGGAGAGAACAACCACCAUGAAAACCACACCCACCGCAAUGAGUAAGCACUGAGAGACAAGCCUGACUGAUACGAGGUCCGAAGUGAUGGAGGAGUCGACGAAACUGAGCAGGAAGCAACUGGGAAGCCAAAAGAUCAAUUGAAAGGUUGCUUUGAUCAAAAAAAAAAAAAAAAGAGAAAGAGAGAGAGAUCCAAACAAAAAGGUAUGACUACAUGCAGGAUCCUAGUCAUGUCAUUUUAUACGUCAUUGAUAACUACAUUUGAAUAGAUUUUGUAUUGGUGUUGGUUGUGAUGUAAAUGGUGUUGGUUGGGCAGCCUACUGUGAAAGGGUGAUAGCCAGUCAAGCAUGAGUAUCGACUGUAAGCUAUCGUGACCCCCCCCCCCCCCCUCCCACAGACCGGAUGAAGCGGUGGACCAAGAGAGAGAGGAGAUGUUGUCCUCGAAACACAAAGAAAGACUGUUCAUGUGAAGAUUUUAUAGGUGACCACUUUACAGAUGCUUACUACUUUAGCUGUCUCGCUCAUCCAAAAUAUGCAACAUACUGUAGAUGGCGAGAUAAAUGCUCUGAAAUCCAGAAUCCUGAGGCCACCUUGUGUGCCGUUAGAAUUUCCUUCCAUGCUUUUUUUUUUAAAAGAGUUAAUGUCGAUGUUUUAUUAAUGCUUGUUCCUCCGAGUUUUGACGAACACAAGCGAAUGGAGACAGCUGUAUUAGUGUGCCAAAACAAUCUGCAGGCAACAGAGGAAGUUUUUUAAAAAGGAAGGAUUUCUUUGAAGUAUCCUUUUUUUUUUUUUUCCUUUUUUUUUUUUAACAGCUUCCUCCUCUGCUAGCUGCGAGACAAUACCAUUUUUCAACAUCAGUACUUGACUAUCACAAACUGCUUUAUACCUGAAAUAAUCAAAAGAAGAACAAUCUUGUACAAGGACAAUCUCUGAUGCAGAAAAAAUAUCUUUUGUAAAACUUCAGGGUUAGAUUCUAUCUAAAGAAAAUGAAAUGAAACAUACGUAUAAGAGCACAAACCAAUAUGAAUAUAUCUUUUUAAAUCCUUGGAUGAGCAAAAAAAAAAAAAAAAAAAAAAGCAGACUUUGAAAUUUUUACGUGUAAAUAUUUUGUUAAUAUUUUAUCAAAUGGGCGGGUGGGAGGUUACAAGAUACGUGGCAAGAAUUUAAGUUUACGAGUUCCUAUAUUACAGUGCUUUUUACUGCGUUUGGCAAACCUAGCAAUAGGCAGUGUACAAUCCAUGGCUGUUGUGAUAAAUGUUACAUGCAUAUUUAAAGAUGUGAGUUAGGAUGACUUCACUGCUGAACAAAGGAGCCAACACGUUUACUCUGCACCCUGUGCUUACAGAAAAUUGAACCCUCGGAGAGUCGGCUCCAAAAUAAACACAACAAAAGAAGGGUUCUAAAGAAGUUCUGAUGCCAGACGUGAAAUGCAUGCAAUACGGCAAAUGAUCUGGUAUCUGUGAGAACUUGCAUCAACUUGAUACCCUCAUUCAUUACCUCCAAGAUGUGUGCCGCCUGCGUUAGCUCAGUUGGUUUGUUGGGUUAGGAAUCCUUUUAGAUUAUCCAACAACAGAAAUCAUAAUUCUCAUAUAGGCUUAGUAGCAUACAGCUGUUAAAAAUCAAGUAAAACAUGUUUUUUUUUACUGCACUGAUAUCAGAGUGGGACUGGGUGUUAUUGUAUUGGGGCAACAUCUCUAUAUUUUCAACUCUUUUUUUUUUCUGUUAAGGAAAAUCUGUUUCCAGCCAAGCUGGUUUCUUAAUGCAUUUAUUACAUUCAGACUUUUCAGGAUAGCUUGGCACAUAAUAAACUCAAAAUGACCUGUCGGGAAUAUAACUAUUCUUAUGAUUGAUUUUAAGGUCAGCACUGCUGCACAUCUUGGGAAAUCCAUUAGGCUAUUUGUGACUUUUGUUAUUGAUAUGUGAUUAUUGAAAAAUGGUAAAAGGUUUGUUCUAUAUGUGUCUUACUCUCGUCCUCCUGACUGGUAGGGUUGACUUGUGAUUUGUUUGGGUGUGCAGGCUAAGAGGCUGCAUUUUCCAUUAUCUUUAAAGUGAAACAUUGGGCUCCUUUUUUAAAAGCCUUUUUCGUAAACUUGGUAUAGAAAAUUAGUAAUUCUGAGAUUUUGUUGACAAUCUGAGUGGGACCGUCUUUGUAAGAAUCGCCUUAGUCUACCAUGUGUACGGUGACUGUGUAACUUUGUUUGAAACAAUUUUAUAACUCUGAAGUACUUAGUACAAAGCUCCCAAAAGCUCCCAUGCUGAUCCAUUAAAAUUGCCACAUUUCAAAAUAAGACAGAACUCAACCAUUAUUACAUUUUGAAUUUUCACAUGCUAGUAGAGAUAUCAGGACUUUUUUUUUGUUUAAGUAUAGAUGCUGUCACAACCAGAAGAGAGAAAAUAGUGAAAAAGUCCUUCCUAGCAGAACUGUACCUGUACUAUGACACAAGAUCGAAUCUGUUAGCAGAGAAUAUGAACAAGGUGUUGAGCGCUUGAGGCUAGAUAUGAAUGCUUUUACUCUCUUGGGUAAUACAAAUACUUCUAAACUGCCUUGAACAUGCUGUAACCUGUGAUGUGGCACCAUGUAGCAAGCCUUGCCUGUUUGCCCAACUCCCGCCUUAAACACAACAGCUCAGUCACAUGUCAACAUAAAAAGCACAUAACACUGGAUGUGUUUGCUGUCACAUAAGAGGAAAACUACAUACUGGCUAAUGCCGUUUUUUUUUUUUUGUCCACACUAGCCAUCUUACAAAAAGUCGCUUUAUGAGUCUGGUCUCAGACAUUUGUGGCAGUAAACACCCCUCAUAUGUUAAAGCUGCCUGGGCACCUGGAUAUCUGCAACCAUCCUUGAUAUUACUUGAAUCUUGAGAUGUGUGCGUGCGUGUGUGUGGAGAAAAUUGAGUUUUAAUAGUUGCUUCUUUUUUUUGUUGGAUUCUUUUCUUUUUCAAUGACUUUUGUAAAUGAAUUUUCUCUAUGGCUGUGAAACUUCUGGUUUAUAAUGUCCUGAAUAAAUAAUUUUAAGAGUGGUUUUAAA